AUGGCUGCUGGCCUGGAGAAAGCCUGCCACCGGUGCAUAUCUAAAAUUGCCAGCAAUGCAUGCUUUAUAUUUGGGCUCCUCGCUUUCCUUGCCUUACCACUGUCCAUGACUUUUAUAGGAAUGAAGUUUUUGGAAGACUGCCCAGUUCAGCCACUGAUUCCCUUAUAUCUGUUGGUGGGUGGCGUGAUUGGCAGCUUAAAGGUGACUCUCCUGCUGUACGACUCAACCAGGAUGAGGCAGCUGCUCUCCAAGUCUGUUGUGAUUGAUGAUGACGAUGAUGACGAGUAUCCCUGGAGGCAGAAUGCUCACAAGUACUACAUCCAUCUAACCCUCAGCCUUUUCCUCUUUCUGUGGUUCAUUCUUGGGAACUACUGGGUUUUUUCUGUGUAUCUGCCAAACUUCAUCCCACCUUUUCAUCAGCCCCAGGAUUACUGUGACAAAACCCUGUACAUUUUUGCUGUUGGUGUUCUCAUUAUUAGCCACACUGUUCUGUUUCUCCUUAUCUUUUGUAGCUGCUGCAUAUACUGUUUUUCCAGGCAAAGAUUCUCUUCCGAGGAAGACUAA